AUGUCAAUUUCGACCGGGAAUUACACAACAUCCAAUGGGUGUUCUCAAGAGCAGAGCCAGGCAAUUGAUACCAUCUGGCAUUAUAUGUAUAGUACCGGUGCUGAUCAUGAUACUGUCGAGGCGAAGAGAGCGUAUAUAAGGAACGAGCAAUAUGGUCAAACGGAGGAAGUUGAAGUAUCUGUGGAGAACAAGAAUAUCUUUGGGAAGACACAGACCAAAACGAUGAGAACCGUCGAAGUUACGAACGAAGAUCUGGAAAAUAUCGUAAAUUACAAUAGAGGUAACGAGUACCUGGAACGGCAGGUCGAGAUCUUCAGAGAGUUCCGACAAGCUCGGGAAGCAUCCAACACUACAACUUUUGGUGGACAAGUCGAUUUCGACCGAUGGCUCGAGGCCAGCGAUCCUACCAUCUACUGUAGAGCCUAA